AUGGGAGUAUACUCAUCAAGACGUGCAGCAAGGCAAGUUACUGGGAGAAGGAGCAUUUGGAGAGGUUCGAGCAGGAACGUUAAAAUUAAAAACAGGAAAAGUAGUUGA